AGAGCCCUGCAUGGAGUGAGGUUAUGUGCUGGGAACUCCCGGAGGCCCAGAAAGGAGGUGCUCGGGAAGGCUUCUGGAGCGCAUGACGGUGCCGCUGCGUCCUGUCCGGGUCCCCGGGCCGUGGGAACUCGAGGCCUAAAUCAGCUCCCAGCCGCCCUUCCCUACCUGCCCGAAGAAGGACGGAGAGAAUGAAGACUCGUGCCGAAGUCUAGAAACAGAAUGAAGCAGCGAAGACGCCUACCACUGCAAGAGCACAACGCGCAAUUGGUCGAGCAGUGGGAAGGCUUUAGAAGGCAGAAAGUGCCCGCUGGAAGGAAGGGGAGGGCGGCGGCCUCAGAGGGGAGGCGCGCUUGGGGGCUUAGGAUGCCGUCUUUUAAGCCUUCCAAGAAUGGGGCAGAGCGGGAAGGGAGUGUUGGGCUCGACAUGCGACCUCGCGAUGCCUCCCCCGUGAGAGACCCGUCACCAUCUACAGUCAGUCUUCUAGAUAUUCUGCAAGAUAAGCUUAACACAAGGAGUUUCAUGAUCCUUUUCUCCAGGAUAGUGGUUCCCCUCCAGCAGCGGGGACCGAUCAUUUAGGACUAUCAUCCUGCCUAAGAUAAGGAAACCUUGAAGCUGGCCAACAGAUGACGUGGCCACCAAUCCAAACCAGGGAAACUGAAGUGAUGAAGCACAUCUGAUUCGGAGACAGAAGCCAGGAGCCCUUGUCUGGGCCUCACCACGUGCCAGCUGUGUACCCCAGGCAGGUCAGCCGCAGCGCCACCCUCAGCAAAGCAAUGAGAAAAUCACUGAACGGUGGGGGCCUGAAGAUGACGAAGGUGGCGUACCCCCUUGGGCUGCUCGUCUGCCUGCUCAUCUACAUCGCCUACAUCAAGUGGCACUGGGCCUCUGCCGCCCAGGCCUUCUUCAGCAUCACUGAGGCUGCCUCGGGGGUCCGCAGGGGCCAGCAGGCCCGCAGCCCCCCAGGGACAGCCACACGCGGUCGCGAGGUCUUCUACGGAAUCGUGUUCGACGCAGGAAGCACAGGCACCCGUGUGCACAUCUUCCGGUUCGCCCAGCAGCCUGGAGAAACUCCCACUUUGACCCAUGAAACCUUCAAGGCACUGAAGCCAGGACUCUCUGCUUAUGCUGAUGACGUCGAAAAGAGCACGUCGGGAAUCCAGGAAUUGCUGGAUGUUGCUAAGCACGACGUUCCCGUCGGCCUCUGGAAGACCACCCCUCUGGUCCUCAAGGCCACGGCCGGCUUGCGCCUGUUACCAGGAGAGAAGGCUCAGAAGCUGCUGCAGAAGGUGAAGGAAGUGUUUAAGGCAUCGCCUUUCCUCGUAGGGGACGACUGCGUCUCCAUCAUGAACGGAACAGACGAAGGAGUGUCAGCCUGGAUCACUGUCAACUUCCUGACAGGCAGUCUGCAGACCCCGGGAAGGAGCCGCGUGGGCGUGCUGGACUUGGGUGGAGGCUCCACGCAGAUCACCUUCCUCCCGAGAGCCCAGGACACCAUUCACACCUCCCCGCCCGGCCACCUGACGUCGCUCCAGAUGUUCAAUAGGACCUACCAGGUCUACUCCUACAGCUACCUGGGUCUCGGGUUGAUGUCGGCACGGCUGGCGAUCCUGGGCGGCGUGGAGGGAAGACCCGCUGAGGCCGGAAAGGAGCUGGUCAGCCCUUGUCUGCCUCCCGGCUUCCGAGGAGAGUGGGAGCACGCGGAGGUGACGUACAGAGUCUCCGGACAGACGGCAGGGAACAUCCACGAGCUGUGUGCCGGCCGAGUGUCACACAUCCUCCGGAGCAAAGUGCACAGAGCGGCGGAGGUGAAGGACGUGGACUUCUAUGCCUUUUCCUACUACUACGACCUUGCGGCGAAUGUCGGCCUCAUAGAUGCGGAGAAGGGAGGCAGCCUCGCUGUCGGGGACUUUGACAUCGCGGCCAAGUUCGUGUGCCGGACGGCGGGGACCAAGCCGCUGGGCAACCCCUUUGCGUGCAUGGACCUCACCUACGUCAGCCUGCUUCUCCAACAGUUUGGCUUCCCAGAGAGCAAGGUGCUCCAGCUGACUCGGAAAAUCGACAAUGUGGAGACCAGCUGGGCCCUGGGGGCCUCUCUUCAUCACAUCGAGUCCCUGGACAGACGGAAGCAUCUGACCUUGUAGUGGCUGUGCUGCCCCCGCCGUCCCCACAGGGGGGUGGUUCUUCCUCCUUGGGAACAGGCCCUUCUGGGGUCCCACCCUGUCACGAGGAGGCCACAGCUCAGGCCUAACACCUCCCUUCGACCUUGCGGACUCGCCCCUGCAUGGGCAGAGGGCUGGAGUGCAGCCCAGGCCCAGCACCCAUCCUGACCGCCUAGGCUCUGGGUGGCCGAGCUCCGGCCCAGGCAGGGGGCACACCAAGGCCGGGCUGCCGCCGCCCCCCCAACUAUCCCGCUGCAGGGCUGGGGCUGCAUCUCCAAUGGGGUCUUAUCUCCAGGCCCCCGUCUGGUCCCUCCCCCAUCCCUAGGCAGACUCCCCGGGUGGUUGGGGGGCUUGCACAGCGUGCCCUGGCUGCUGGGGACGAGCCACAUGGGGACCCUGGCGCCCUCUGGGCCAGGGGGUAGGCGGGACGCCGUGAGCUCCGGCCGCACGCGUGUCGGUCCUAGGUGUGGGCGUGUGGAGCCGCCCAGAGGGCUGCCACCUCAGGUGCUGGGCGGCUCCGGGCCCCCAAGCAGGAGGGCUGGGGACAGACCCCCUGUGCCGGGCCCAGCUCUUCGGAGGAGCCCGGGUGUGGGGGAGCCGCUGUGAAGUGCUCGUGUCUGUGCCGCCGAGUGAGGCUGCGGAGCCGGGCCGAGCCCGCACACCGGCUGUGGUCUGACCGGGCACGCCCUGCUGCCAGGAGCCAGCUGUGCCUGGCAGCCCCAUGCGUCCGUCCCCGGACCCGCCCUCGCAUGGCUCCGCUGGCAUCUGGGGCCACUGCCAUCCCAGGGGCUCCCCGGGGCACGGACUCGGCCCCCCAACCUGGCUGAGCCCCAGCAUCUCUGCAGUGAACCUACAGUCUGCAUAAUAAGCUGAACCUCGUGCGUUCCACCCAAAAUAAAGGGUUUACCAGGG